UCGCGGAUUUCGGUCCUCAAUGAAGAGAGCGCGAGAGACCGGUCGCGCGGAGCGGGUCGAAGGCGAUGACUCUCCGGCUGGACUUAACCGAGAACUGGACCGGAAACCGCUCGCUGAGGGACACUGAGUCGCCGAGGGACGUCGCUUUUAAAGCGGCAAAGCACGGAAUUACCGCUCAGAAAUGCUCGUUUUCUAAGUUGGAUUCUUUCAUUUAACGACAGUCUUGCCCCUCAAACGCCAAGACCAUCGUAGACAAAAAAUAAGCGUUUUUUAACGACACACACUUGUGCCAAAACCAGUCACACAUUGCACUUUAUGGUUUGACACUCCCCAGACGGGAAUUCGACCGAAACGGGAGCCCAUCAUCUGAUCUCACGCAUCGGAUUCCGUCGCCACCGAGUGAAUUAAUGAAUAAAUAAAGUCUGACUGACUGGACAGAGCGGCGAGCCGACGCGUCACACGUUUGAAGCUUUUUGACGCCUCUUAGCUCAAGCCUCAAUGUAAAUAAGGCAAAAGGAUGAAGAACUGGACGAGGAGGAAGAGGGGUGAAUCCACGCCAGCGUGAUUCUUCAGUAAUCAAUGGGAAUACCGGAGACCUUCUCGUGCGUCUCUGCGCUCUCACCGUGAGCGAGUUUUAAAAGAGCGCGCGGCGAGGGAGAACGAGCACUGUGAAGUUGAACGUAUUUGUUAAUCAAGUGGAAAAAAAUGUUUUUAUGUGGCACAUGAAUGAGAAAACAAAGCGCGUCACCGAGCUCCCCAAGGCUCGCUGAGAAUGUGGAAAUGUUUAAUUGUUGACGAGGGUGAAGAUGGCAGAGGCUUCGUGAGAAAGAUACCGAGCGUGUUUUUGUGAGAGAGGGUGAAGUUAAUUCGACAUGCCCGAGAAUGUCUCCCUAAUCAGGAACCGGACGGAAGUCGGGCAGGGUCGCGCUUGGGGUGUCGGAGCGGGCGCGCGGCCAGCAUGGGUCGUCAUGGUGCUCGCCGGUGUGCUGAUCUUCACGAGCGUGGUGGAUGUGCUCGGUAACGUGCUGGUUAUCAUCUCGGUUCUCAGAAAUAGGAAACUGAGAAACGCGGGUAAUGCAUUUGUAGUGAGCCUGGCUUUCGCCGAUCUCCUGGUGGUUUGCUAUCCCUACCCUCUGGUCUUGCAUGGCAUGCUGCACGCGGGCUGGUUGCCCGGGGAGUUGGAGUGUAAGGUCAGCGGCUUCCUGAUGGGUGCGAGCGUCAUCGGCUCCAUCUUCAACAUCACCGCCAUCGCCAUCAACCGCUACUGUUUCAUCUGCCAGGCCAACACCUACGAGAAAAUCUACGGCCGCGCUGGAACCCUGGCGCUACUGAUGUUAGUCUGGGUGCUCACCGCCAUCGCCAUUCUUCCAAACCUGGCACUGGGGUCGUUGACGUACGACCCUCGCGUUUAUUCAUGCACCUUUAGUCAGACAACAAGUGCAGGCUACACCAUUGCUGUAGUGACCGUGCAUUUCCUGCUUCCUAUCGCGGUAGUAACGUUCUGCUAUCUGAGGAUUUGGGUGCUGGUGCUCCGUGUGAGGAGGCGGGUCACAACCGACGUCAGGCCACGCCCCCGUCCGGGUGAGUUGCGCCACUUCUUGACCAUGUUUGUCGUCUUUGUGCUGUUUGCUGUCUGCUGGGCGCCACUAAAUUUGAUCGGCCUGGCUGUAGCGGUGGACCCGCCCCGUGUAGCACCCUUGGUCCCCGAUUGGCUGUUUGUGGUGAGUUAUUUCAUGGCAUACUUUAACUCCUGCCUGAACGCUGUAGUGUACGGACUACUCAAUCAGAACUUCCGCAGAGAAUAUCGAAGAAUACUUCUGUCACUUUGUAAGCCACGCCUCUUCCUGCAGGAGACAUCAAGGGGCGGGACUGAGCGCAGCAACAAACAUUCACCUGGCAACAACAAUAACGAUGAUCAGCCCAAAGCGAACACAAUAUAACUUACCAACAAUACAUUUAAUUGUUCAGAGAUAUCAAAGAAAGAAUGCUGCAAAAAUGUUAUAAAUUGUGUCCACUAAUAUUUUGAAAAUGUUGUUUUUAUGUCUCACUUUAGAUACCACCCCAAUACCUCAUUUGUUAGAAACCAUACAAUUAUAAUAAUCCUCAGUAUUAGAAAAGUUAAUUACAUCGCACAAGUAUUACAAUCACAUUCAAUUAAUGCAUGCUUAUGACUGAGAACAGUGCAAUAAAUCAUUACCAGACAAAAGGUGCAAGCUUGAGAAAGACGAAGACCGCAGAACAUGUUCAUCUUCUCCAAACAAGCGCCCCUAGAAAAUAACUUAUAUUUCUCACUGUUAGUUGGAGGCUGUUUUUUCCAUCCAUCCAUAAAUUCUCACCUUAAAAGAGCUCUCACAAGAAGGCAGCACCAAGAGGACUCACCGUUUCACAAGUGCUUCCCUAAUGAUAUAACAAUAUUUAAGAAACGCUCCCUGAAUGCUUACACAUUUGUGACCAUUCAGCACCUUGACAUACGUUUUCCCAGCACUCCAAUAGUGUUAGCGCUUUUGGCACUGUAGAGCCUCCCCUUGUGCUAUGCAACCAAUUAAUUUUAAACUCAACGGAGAAAGUGUAAAACAGGGCUCCCUUAGGUUUGCAGCAAAGGUUAUCCAAACGUUCCCCAAAACACUGCAGCAUCAUUCUUGUAAAACUCCCCUAUUGCUAUGCAAACUCAACUUGAGUUACUCCAACAGCUGCAUUCAUACGAACACUGUUGAACUCUCCCUAUAAUCUUCCCACAAAAUUCCUCUACUACAGUAGGUCUGUGGAUGCAGUCCUAUGGGAAAAUGCCAAACUGCUGCAUGAACAUGCUUUUAUAUUGUCUAUAGGUUUAAAAACAUAAUACGCUCCCUAUGUCUUCAUGUGCACCAGAACACAUCUGCACAUUCUGCACGUUAUGCCACACUUACAUCGAAUCCAUUAACAGGGUUCAAAUGGGUUCAAAAACACAAUUUAAUAAUAUAAUAAGUAAUGAGCAUAGGGCUUCAUAUUUAUUUAACACAAUAAAUAGACUAUUUGUCAGCAUCUUUAAUUUCUUAAAAGUCUGAUUUAUAAAAAUAUUAAUAAUAAGACAAGAGUUGAAAUUAUUAAUAUACCUGCUUUAAUAUACCAGCAUGUCACUCUGUGUCAAUUGAUAUUUUAUACACACUUCAAGAUGCCAGUCAAUCAGACCACAAAAAUAAAGGACCAAUUCUUCAUGAAAUACAUUUGAUAGCUUUGAUAUACUGUAUGAUCAAUUCAUCCAGAUACAGUCAUUUAUAGAUAGUUUGAAAGUUAAAACUCAUAUUAGUGACUAAAAUUACAUUUUAGUAUUUAGUAGUUUCACUUAACAAAUAAUGUAAGUUUUACUUUGCUUACCCAGUACUAGUUGUCUGUCUGUCUGUGAUGAUAAGCAAUGGGCUCUGGAUGUUACCAUUUCACAAAGAAUGCGCUUUGUGUUCCACUGCGCCUCUUUUGAAUAAUUUUUGAAAACCGAAAUCUUUGAUUCUACCUUCUCAGUGUCUUGCACAUGCGCUCCCCAUUUUUAAAUUGGUGUGUAUGAUUAACUUUUAAAGCACAAGUCGAGAUCCUGCAAUAUUUUCCAUGUCACUGAGCUGGCGUUUUGCGCAUUUA